GAGCAGGAAUGCAAACGCAAGAUAGAGCAAGUGAGCAUUCGACAGUGCUGCAAAAUGCCUCAGAUAUUGCCACCGGAAGUCGUCCAGUUGUGCCGGAAGCGUCCGAUGCCUCCCGCGGCCAGUCCGGCUGAACCGAAACCGUUUCGUGUCAACUGUCAUGGGGAGUGUGUCCUCAACGUAACACGUGUGCUGAUGGAUCGAACGUUUCGUCCUGAACAAGCACAAAAGGUCCUGUUGGCUCGAGCGUUGAAUGAUACUAUUGCCUGGACACCGGUCAUAAAAGUUGCCGUUAAAAAGUGCUACAUGAUGCAGGUGGCCAACGUGUUCUACUUGACGGAUGUGGCGCAAAACCGCAUUUCCAGCCAGUGCAUCCCAUCCUCGCGCCGAUUCCUUGAGUGUGCCUUCGCCAUGAUAUACAGGGAUUGUCCCGAACAACACUGGAACUAUAACGAUGAUCGUUGUAGAGACCUCGUGACUACGUUCAACAACUGCGAUUUUCUCUUUAAGCUCGUGUGGGACAUCUAA